GUCAAAUCAGGUAGUAGAAAUUAUAAAAUUUAUUCAGUGAUUAAUGGCGCAGGUUGUUUGGAAUUUACUGUAAUGAAUAGUUAAUCAAUUGCGGAAAAUACGUAAUUCGUAUAAUUAUUAGAAAAAUAUAAUGGAUACUCUUGCAUUGCGAGACUCCGCCACUGAAGUUGUAGUGGUAGAUAAUUCUGCGGUUUUGGAAGAUACAGUUGAUUCAACUCCAGUACUACGUCUUCGUUUAGAAAAGCCCAAAUCAGACAGACAAGUUGCCUGGCGUGAGGGUACCAUUGAUAAUGAAGGCAUGGGAAAAAAAAAAUCGAAGUGCUGCUGCAUAUAUAAAAAGCCUGUAAGUUUUGGAGAAAGCUCAUCUUCCGACGAUGACGAGUGUGAGCACUGUUUUGGGCAUCCUGAAAAGCGUCGAAGAAAUAUCAAUAAAAACCAUAAUCACGGUAAAGAUGUAACGGAUAACAGCAGUAAUGAAAACAGAGAAUCUGAAAUAGAUAUUACUGAAAUACAGCAACCACAAGAUGACAAUGGUUCCCACCUUAUAAGUGAUUGACCAUAAGUUACAAACUUGUAACGAGAACCAAUUACAGAAUCAUGCAAAUUUUGCAACAAUAUAGUUUGUUAUUUUCUUUGUAAAUCCCAAGUUAGGUGUAAUUCUUUUCUAAAUAAAUUGCAACCUUUCGGUUCGUUUACCUAAA